UAUUAUUUAUUAUCUAUAUCUGUACUCAAAAAUUAAAAUUGAAGGAUAAUAAUAUGCAAUUAUUCAAUUAAAAAAACUAACAGAUUAGUGAUUAUGAUAUACAUUAUAUACAAUCUUUUAAAAUAUUAAAAUAACAACACUAUAAUAUCAUCCGGGUUCCAGAUAUCUUUCAGCAGUCAGAAUUCAAUAAAUGAAAAAUGUCAGCUCUUGCAUCAUUAACUGCUAAUUAUACAGACUCUGAAGAUGAAGGCACUACACCCAGUCAACGAAGACAUAGUGAAGAAGUGUCUAUUUCGAAUGAACCUAAGUCAGAACAUAUACCGAGUCCUCAAUUACAAAUACCAAAUUCAGCUCCAGCCGUGACUAACCCAGAAGAUGACAAAAAAACUAACCUUGUAUCAUAUUUUGAGGAUCAUGAUAUUGUUAUGUCAGAUGAAGAAAUUGACCGACGUUCAGAUGUAGAUGAUGAAGAAGAUAUUUUACCACCAGAACCACAUGGUAGAUGCUCCAAAGAAUUACAAGAUAAAAUUACGCGAUUACAUGAAAAAAUGGAAAAAGAUGGCAUGGACAUGAAUUUUUUGAUUCAAAAAAGAAAAGAUUUUCGAAAUCCCAGCAUAUAUGAAAAACUUUUACAGUUUUGUAAUAUUAAUGAAUUGGGAACAAAUUAUCCACCUCAUUUAUAUGAUCCUUUAAGAUGGGGCAAAGAAUCGUUUUACGAAGAAUUGGGUCGCUUGCAGAAAGAAGAUAUGGAGAAGAGACAGAAAGAAAGAAAAGAAAAAACUAAAGUUGAAGUUGUGUCUGGUACAAAAAAGACUCCAUCAGUCAAUGUUUCAAGUACCCAUAAACAAGAAGACAAGAAAAGUAAAUGGGAUCUUACUACAUCUGUAACAGGUACAAAGGGAACAAUUAUCUCUGCUUUUGGUUCUUUACCAAAAAAACAAAAAUUAGAUAUUCAUUAAUCAAUGAAAAAAAAAAUAGCAUACCUACUCAAAACUUAAUAUGUAACAUUGUAAAUAAACUAUUUUCUGAAAAGUA